UAAUAAUUUCUUAAAUGGAUUAAUUCAAAGAUUAUAUCUACAACAUUCUUCUUGAGCCCUCCAUUAAAUCUGAAUUGAAAUACUUUGUUUAAGAAUUUGAUAAAAAUCCAAAUGAUUAUGAUUGUAAUUUUUUUGAUUAGAAUAAGUUUUGGUGGAUAAUCCUUAAAAUUUAUAAGAGAAUUACAAAGAAGCAUAUGUUGGAUUAAGCUAAAGAUAUGUUAAAGCAUAAUAAAUGCUAAAAAAUAAAUUUCCAGGAAAUACUCACCUUAUUUAAAAUUAACAUUAAUUAUAUGAAUUAGGUAAUUUAUCUAUAAUAUUAUGUUUAGGAACCUUUUAUUUACAUUGGUAAGCUUUUCUACCAACAAUUCAAAUGUUGGGAACUUAAAAACAAGUGGAAUAUUGGUAAGAUCUUUCAUUCAAAUAUGAAAUUCGUGGAGGCUAUGCAUAAACAGAAGUAGGACAUGGUUCAGAUGUAUAAGGUUUAUAAACCACAGCAGUUUUUGAAAAUAACUCUUUUAUAAUUAAUACUCCUACUGCAUCUUCUUAUAAAUUUUGGCCAGGAUUAUUAGGUAUCUUUGCCACUCAUGCAGUUGUACAAGCUAAAACUAAUGUGAAUGGAAUAGAUAUAGGAAUAUAAACAUUUGUUGUUCCUAUUCGUGAAUCUAAAACUCUUAAACCUUUAGAUGGAGUUGAUGUUGGAGAUAUUGGACCUAAAUUAGGAUUCUUAAGAGCUGACAAUGGAUAUUUAGGAUUAAAAAAUGUUCGUGUUGAUAGAAAUAAUAUGUUGAUGAGAUAUACUUAAGUUGAUGAAUCUGGAAAAGUAACUACAUCAUCUAAAAAUGCUAUUAAAUAUGGAUAUGGUAGUAUGCUUAAUUUAAGAGUGAAUUUAGUUAAUGUAUUCUCUAUUUUUGGAUUAUUUACUAAUAAUUUAGCUUAUUAUUAAGUUAAACCAUUAUUAAAAACUUAAUCAAUAGAAAACGAAGCCAUCAUGUUUAAAUUAUUAAGAAGUUAUGUAGUUUAAUAUUCCCAAAUCAUAGCUAAUGCUUAAAUUAAAGAAAUAUUCAUUUAAUUUCAAAAUUAGCUAAAAGCAAAUGAUAAAUAAGUGAAUGAAACUUUAUAACUUGUUCAUUUAUAUUCUAGUUAAAUGAAAAGUAUUUCAGGAUGGGAAGCUGUCAAAACUUCUAGAGAAGCUAUGUAAAUUGCACCAUUUGGACAUUUAAAUGCAUCUGAUUUAAUAAUAAUGUAUGCAGAUAAUGUUCCAUUUGUUACUUAUGAAGGAGAUAAUAAUGUUUUAAUGUAAUAAACAGCUUAAUACUUAAUUAAAUAAUUUAGUAAAGUUAGUGCAGGAAAUUCAUAAUUUACUGGAAUAGCUUCCUAUUUCAAUAAAUAUAUCUAAGAAAGCAAUAAGAAAUCAUUGAUCUAAAAUUAAGAGGAAAUUUUGGAAAGAUUAAGUUACAAUUAUUGCAAAAAGACUAUGGAGAAUUUUUAAAAUAAUUUAGUAAAUGGUCAUUCUUUAUAAUCAUCAUGGAAUGAAUUAAAUUAAUGUGAAUUAAUAAAAGCAUCUAUCAUAUUUGGAUAUACUAAUAUUUAUAAGCAAAUGGGAGCAUAAAUAAAAAGUAGUGGUUAUAAUUUAGAAUUAUUAAAAAUUCAUAAAUUAUUUGGUCUUUUCAUUAUGUUAGAAAAUAGAACAACAAUUGUAUCAUUUGGAAUUGCUGAUUUCAGUUAAGUUGAAUUAUUAGCUGAGAUUGAUCAAUAAUUUAGUAAUAAUAACAAAUUAGGUAAAUAUUUAUUGAAAUUAAUCAAUAGAAUUUUUAGAAUAUUUAUCAAAUGGAGUUGGAAUGUAUAGAUAAAGAAACUUUAUAAAUAUUAAUUGGGAUAAACUUCAUUUAUAAGCUAGAUUAUGA